AUGAGCUGCAACGGGUGCCGGGUGCUGCGCAAGGGCUGCAGCGAGGCCUGCGUGCUGCGCCCCUGCCUCCAGUGGAUCGACGCCGCCGACGCGCAGGGCCACGCCACCGUCUUCGUCGCCAAGUUCUUCGGCCGCGCGGGCCUCCUCUCCUUCAUCUCCGCCGUCCCGGACGCGCACCGCCCUGCCUUGUUCCAGUCGCUGCUGUACGAGGCGGCGGGGCGGACCAUCAACCCGGUGCACGGCGCGGUGGGGCUGCUCGGCACCGGGAACUGGCACCUGUGCCAGGCCGCCGUCCACACCGUGCUGCGGGGCGGCGCCAUCGGCCCGCUGCCAGAGCUCGGCGUCACCGGGAGCGCCGGCGACCUCUACGGUCCCGGGCCCGGGCCCGGCGGCGGCAAGCGCGCCGGCGGCUGGUCCACCUUCUCCACGGCGAAGCGGGUGCGGAAGGCCGCUGCCGCCGCCGGGGGCGCUGUGGCGCGGCAGGCGCCCGCGGAGGCGGCGGCGUCGUGCGACCUAGGGCUGUGCCUACUGAGCCCCGGGUCCCCGCCAGCGGCGGGGGACAGGAGGGCUCCCCUCCUGCGGCCCGGCACGCCGUCCAUCAGCUCGGACGACGACUCCGUCACCACUACUACCGGCGGCGACAGGGAGCCGGUGCUGCUCAACCUUUUUGCCUGA